AUGUCGUUCUCCAGUGCAGUCCUCCCACACUCCUUCACAUCUCUUCAAGAAGGCAUCCAUGUCUUCCUCCGUUCCUUUUUUCAGGCUGCCCUCCGAUCAGAAUCAAACACGUACAAUAACGAUGUACUCCGGAUUGUGAUGGUGGGGAAGACCGGAGUUGGGAAGAGCGCCACAGGAAACACCAUUCUGGGAAAAGAGUCCUUUAAAUCAAAGUUCUCUCCUAAAUCUCUGACUGUAAACUGUUCUAAUGCAUUUGGUGAAGUUGAUGGACAGAACGUUAAGGUUAUUGACACUCCUGGUCUGUUUGACACCAAGAUUGAUGAAGAGAAGACCAAAAACGAUGUUGGCCAGAGCAUUUCUUUUGCUUCUCCUGGACCCCAUGUCUUCCUGGUUGUCAUCAGACUGGGCAGAUUCACAGAUGAAGAAAAGCAGACAGUGAAGAAGAUUCAGCAAAUCUUUGGAGGAGAUGCAGACAAAUACAGCAUGGUUCUCUUUACUCACAGUGACCAGCUCGAAGGAGCACCUAUCGAAGAGUUCUUGAAGGAAAGUGAAGAGCUGCAGGAACUUGUGGACAGAUGUAACGGCCAGUACCACGUCUUCAAUAAUAAGGUGAAGGAUCGUUCUCAGGUCAGAGAGCUGCUCGACAAGAUCAGAAAGAUAACAGAGAAGAACGGAGGAAGCCAUUACACCAGUGCAAUGUUCCAGGCGGCAGAGAAGGCCAUAAUAGAGGAGAAACAGAGAAUCCUUGAAGAGAGAGAAGAAGAAAUACGCAAACAGGAAGAGGAAAUGGAACAAAGAUUAGAGAAAAAGCAUGAGGAACAAUUUAAGAAAAUCAAAGAGGAUAGUGAGAGGUUAGUAAGGCAGAUAGAAGCUCAUGAAAUAAAAAUGGAGGAGGACAGGAGGAGAAUGAGAGAAGAGGAUGACAGGCUGAUAGAAGCUCGCAAAAUAGAAAUGGAGGAGGACAGGAAGAGAAUGAGAGAAGAGGAGGAAAGGCUGAGAGAAGCUCGCAAAAUAGAAAUGGAGGAGGACAGGAGGAGAAUGAGAGAAGAUGAGCAAAGGCUGAGAGAAUGUAACAAAACAGAAAUGGAGGAGGGGAGGAAGAGAAUGAGAGAAGAUGAAAAUCUGAGAGAAGCUGAGAGAAGAGAAAUAGAGGAGGAGAGGAGGAGAGACAGAAUAGAUGAGGAACAACUGAGAGAAGCUGAGAGAAGAGAAAUAGAGGAGGAGAGGAGGAUAGACAGAGAAGAUGAGGAACAACUGAGAGAAGCUCAGAGAAGAGAAUUGGAUGAGGAGAGGAGGAGAGUAAUGGAAAAGGAGGAGAAGCUGAGAGAGGCUCAGAGAAGACAAUUGGAUGAGAAUAGUAGGAGAUUAAGACAAGAGGAGGACAGGAGGGCCAGAGAGGAAGCAGAGAAAAAGAAAUCUAAAUGUACAAUUUCAUAG